CCCCCAAGCCCCAAGCCCCACCACCAGCAACACAGGGCACACAGAAUUGCAAAAAGAAGCAGCUGCGUUUGGCGACCAUCUUCCCCAGCGAAAAAAAAGAAAUCUCAGCCUUUGAGUUCCCACGACGCCAACACACGCAUAAUACCCUCGGUCGACGCAGACGAGCGACAACCCCUAGGCGACCGCAAAGAUGGCAACCGAAUUGACUGUGCAGUCGGAGCGUGCGUUCCAGAAGCAGCCGCACAUCUUCCUCAACUCCAAGACCAAGGUCAAGUCGGCGCGCCCCGGAAAGGGCGGCCGCCGCUACUACAAGGAUGUCGGCCUGGGUUUCCGCACCCCUAAGAACGCCAUCGAGGGACAGUACAUCGACAAGAAGUGCCCCUUCACCGGCCUCGUCUCGAUCCGUGGCCGUAUCCUGAACGGCACCGUCGUUUCCACCAAGAUGCACCGUACUCUGGUCAUCCGCCGCGAGUACCUCCACUACAUCCCCAAGUACUCCCGUUACGAGAAGCGCCACAAGAACCUCGCCGCCCACGUCUCGCCGGCUUUCCGUGUUGAGGAGGGUGACCACGUCACUGUUGGCCAGUGCAGGCCCCUGAGCAAGACGGUCCGGUUCAACGUUCUGCGUGUCACCCCCAGGGCGGACAAGGCCGUCAAGUCGUUUGCCAAGUUCUAAGGUGGAGGGUUGUCUCUUUUGGGCAUUCUAGGCGCUGUUUCUUUACUCGAGGGCUUUCAUUAUUCCCAUGGAUUCCGGGAUGGCGGUCAAACGGCUAGCUGCUUUGCGCAAAAACGUGGCAUAGAGGCAGCUUUGAAUGAGAACUCGUUGGUCAUUUUGACGGAGGGGGAUACCGCCGCGGGUCGUGUCCCUGGAGGGAGGGGUUAAGCGGGAUCUGGCAUGUGCCAGGAUAAAAGGCUGCUAGAUAUGACGCUCGGGUUCGGGCACCGUGCUUGAGGAGCAGGGCGUAUCGGAGGACAGUCAACGGAGUUCGGUGAGACCCUUUUGAGGUCAAGGAUAUAUCUGUUCUAACGAACUGUAUAUGGAUGUGCUCCCUCGGGUUCUAAGUGCAGGCUGUUGGUCAUGGCGCUAGAGGUGGCUCUGUUUCCCUUAGUUUUGGAACCGCCUUGUGAUGGUGAUGGUGAUGGGAGCACCUGGCGCCGGCGUGGAAGAUGACAUGGCGCCUACAGCAACAGCAAAGGGACGGUAGCGCAGAUUAUCAUUGAUGUUUGUCCAUAUCUGCGGUGCUACACCCCGGAGGGCCAGUUGAGCUGACAUUUUGGGCGUCCCCGCAAGGCACAAGUGUUUGCGCACGCUUGAAUAUCAUGUACAUGCGUGCCAACGCCUGACUUUUAACUGCGUUGAAACACAGCCGCCUACACUCGAUGGAGCUGAUGGAAAGAGGUUUGGAACAGAGCAGCAUAGCAUUUCUGUCAGCGCCCGAAACCUCGGCCUGGAAACAAUUCUGCUAUAACCGCCCCCCUACGCUGGGAAGUUGAGGAGCUAGAUAUGCGACCUGCACCUGAAUCCUCCGAGCGAUGGAAAGCUAGUCGGCCCCCUCGGGGUCGUCAGCUUGAGAGCGAGCAGCAAAGACCGACCCAGAUUCGCUGCGCUGUCUUGCCAUGUUUGGAAGCAACCCAUGGACGGCGAAACUGGUCAACGCAGAACAAUACGUCUGUCUGAGGACGCCGCUGAUCUGGAGAUAUUACCAUAAAUUGCUACGCCGCCCUUCAACAUCAAGUCGGAACGAGAGUGGCAGGUGAACGAUUUUAAGGGCGGGUAGCGGCUGGAAAGGACGAGCUUUACAUAAUAUACCUAAUUGCAAAGAGCGCAAAUGACUGCUGUAAUGGAA